AUGGAGAAUCAGUUGCAGGACCUCAAGAUGGAGAACAUGCAGGAUCGAUUAGACAGUCUAGAACUCCGUUUCGAGGAACUUGCUAAUAACCUUACGCAUCUAUGCGCCACGCAGCUCAGCAAGCAAUGCAUUAGCUGUAUGGAAGACGUCCGAAGCCUAGCGACAGAUUGCCUGACCCAGAAUGCUGAUCAUUACUAUGCUUGCUUUGACAGGAAAGAGUUCAUCAAAUACGCACGAAACAUUCGGCGAUCGAUGGCCUUUGAUGUCGAUGCAAAUGACAUGAUCCGAUGUAACAGCAUCGACGCCGGGCACCACCGUCAGAUGACGGAAGAAGAGCGCGGUGACCGUUUCAUGAGUCUCAAAGCUAGCGUCCCGCCGGCAAAGUUUUGCAUUCCCCCGUAUGACGCACACGAGUUGUUCGUUGAGCUCGCUGACAACCUCAGAGACUUUGCGAUCCGGGAGCUGGAGUACCAUGACCAUCCUUACGUGCCGCAUUCUAAUGCCAACAGUCAGUCUCCACCUCCCUACGAAAGCCAGGGUCGAGGGCUUCAAUACCAAGGCAGUUCUCAACCCAUCGCCGCUGCGAUGCCUUCUGUCGAAAGUUCAUUCGGCAGUGGGGCAUCCUUUGUGUCUAUCGCCACGGAGAUGUCGGGAGAUGAAGAGUCCAAGGAACAACACUUCAAGGCGUGGGCGAAAACGCAGGUUGCUGAACAUGAAAAGCAUCUACAACGCCCAGUCACGCCCCAUGUGAUCGCCUCCGCUUUGCAUCAUAACCACAACGCCCGGUACAACAGGUCGGCUCUCCCAUUGGGACUUCAGCUUUAUAGACUAUGUCCUGUAGAAGGCGGAUCUGGGUACUGGCCCGCGGAGGCCGUGAUUCCCGACCUAGCCACCGGGAGAGAUUCGGAUUCAGGGUUCGCUGAUGGUGACAUUGAGAUUCUUACGACAACUCGUGACCGACUCAGGGAUGUGAACUGGGCUUCGGGUCCUGUUCUGGCAAAGGAUGUACCAGCACCUCACCCUUUGCUCCCAGAUUGGAUGGGUGCAGUUCAAAAACACGCUAAUGAGGAGCUAAUUGAGUUUGGGCUUGUGGUUGCUUGGCGCUACCACGGAAGUGAGGCGUGGAUGGACCGCUACGGUCACCUCGUACCACAAGUUUGA